AUGCAGGCGAUCAAGAACGACCAACCUGUUCUCGGUGCUUCCAGCGAGGCGAAACUUGCACAUACUCAGCGAGAAGACGUAAACCCGGUCCACCGCGUGGCUUGCGCUCCAUUCGGAGAUCAUCAAGAUCCCAAACAUCCUCCGGUAUCAGAUCUUGAGAUCUCCCCACUCCCUGUCUACGCUGGUGGAUCAACCGUACUCGACCAGUAUUUUGAAAUUGCCAAAGAUGCAAAUCCGAUCUUCUCCAAGGCGAAUUUUCUCAAUAACUAUCGGAACUCAGUGUGUGACCAGGGGUUGAUUAUUGUGAUAGUCACAAUAACAGCAAGGCUUACAGGCUUCAAGCUUUUCCCAGACGAAGCUACCUUGAAUGCUCGUAUCGAUCUAUUGUUGGGCUCCAGCUUACUCGAGGAUGACCUUGUCGGCGAUUCCCCAUCUCUUGACCAGUUCCGCAAAGCCUGUGUGCUAGCACUGUACGAUUUCCACCAAUUCCCAGGUCACCAAUCAUGGAUGCGGAUAACAAGGCUCACCCGCAUGGCCUAUCGAAUUGGGCUCGAUCGUCUCGAGCCUCUUCGAGCACUGUAUCCCGACUGGGGAUGUCUCAGUAAAGAAGACAUUCAGGAAUGGCGCUCGGUGUGGUGGUGUAUCUAUCGACUCGAUUCAUACACCAACCUGUCCUCGGGCACACCGUAUCUCAUCGACAAUAAAUUUGUGAACACAUCUCUCAUACUAGACCAGCAGACUGCGCCAGAUGGUGAAACCAAUCCCCCGACGCUCUAUUUACCACCUGACUCGGAAGAUUUGUGGAGACUCCUUCCCACAAUCACCGCCAAUCCAUGUACACAACUGCAGAACAUCCACAUCGUUUCGAUUGCCGCCAUGCGUCAAGCUGGACUUGUCGCAGGGAUUCGACUGCUAAGGCCCGAGUCAGAGAUGGCCACCCAUCUCGCUAAAUUCGAACGACAUCUCUCAGCGCUUUCGCUGGCGCUUCCACCUGGGUGGUUUAAUCCCCGACGUAAUGCGUUCACCAACGAAUCCCCGGGUAAUCACCACGCAAGACUCAUCACUGUUUUCCAUCUCCACAUGUCCAAAUUACUAUCCUCGAUUAUUGUCUGUGGCCGGACGGCCGAAGAUGGCUGGCUAGGAAGCUGGCAACGAGUGCUUGAGACAUGCCAAGAUAUUGCCCAGAUUGCAGGGCAAUGGAAUAGCUCGUUCUGCAUGCAAGUGGAUCCAGCGAUCUGUUUUAUCAUUUUCACUGCUCUUAUCUUUCUCGAUUUACAUAUGAAAUCCACGGCCAUGGGAUCGCCAGAGCUGCAGUCACAUAUUGAUCAUGAUCAGACCGUCUUACGUCUGCAAUUGGAACACUUUGCCAGAGAUUGGACCUUACCAAGACUAUUGACCUGUGAGUUACCAAUCCAUACUUCCAAAAAACGAGAUUGGGCUAACCACGGUAUCCAGUAUCAUUCGCAAGCGUCAGCGAAUCAGUAA